GAAGUAGGGAAAGAAGAAGAAAAUCAGAGAAGGGGGAAUCGAUCUUGGAGAAAUUGAGUUCAUUUGAUCAAAGUUGGAGCAUCCCUUUGAGAGUUUGAGCUCCGGAUUCUAAUACCUACAAAUCUACAAUGGUUGAGGCACUCGUCCUGAUGCUUCUUGACAAGUUGGCUUCAGUAACUUAUGAAUACACAGAAAAAGAGGUGAGACUGGUUUUGGAUGUUCAGAAAGAAGUUGAAGAAUUCACUGGAAAUCUUGAAGCAAUUCAAGCUGUGCUUGAGGAUGCAGAGCAGAAGCAAGUGAAGCAUGCAAGCGUGAGGAAUUGGUUGGAUAAGCUGGAGGAAGUGUCCUGUAAGAUGGAUGACGUGCUGGAUGAGUGGAACACUGAAAUUCUAAGACAAAAGCUUGAGAAUCAAGAAGAAACUGCUCUUGUUACCAAGAAGAAGGUGUGGUUCUCUAUUCCCUCUCAUUGCUUUUGUUUUGGUCAAGUCAGUAGGGUAAUUCUUCGUCGUGAUAUUGCUCUCAAAAUUAAGGAUCUGAAUGAUAAGCUAACUGUCAUUGCUAAUCAAAGGCAAGCAUAUAACCUACAAUCCAUUGAAAGAAUCGCGGAACAACCUGAGAGACAGAAAAGUUCAUCUUUUGUUGAUAUAUCCAAAGUUUUUGGUCGUGAAAAUGAGAAAGAUGGUUUGAUAAGCAGAUUGUUGAGUGAGAGUAGUCAAGAAGAGAGGGCACUCCUUGUCAUCCCCAUCAUAGGCAUGGGAGGAGUUGGUAAGACAACUCUUGCCCAGCUAGUCUAUAAUGAUGAAAAUGUUAAAGCGCAUUUCGAGAAGAGAAUAUGGGUCUGUGUCUCGGAUCCUUUUGAUGAGAUUAAGAUUGCCAAAGCCAUCGCUGAUGGUAAUGGUAUUUCAAACUCAAAUGAGUUAGAAGCUGUUUUGCAAUGUAUGUCUAAAUCCAUUGAGGGGAAAAAGUUUCUCCUUGUCCUGGAUGAUGGAUGGACCCAAGAUCAUACAAAGUGGGAACAAUUGGAGCUACCUUUAAUGCAGAAUUGUGGUGAAGGUAGCAGAAUAAUUGUGACCACAAGAAAAAAGGAGGUCGCUAUUAUGAUGGGAGCAACAACUCAUAUGAUGCCCUUGAAGCAGUUGAGUAUGCAAAACUGUUUGUCAUUGUUCAAUCACAUUGCAUUUCUUGGUAAGAAAGAGGAUGAGUCUACUGUCUUCAGAGCUAUUGGUGAGGGAAUUGUGAAAAAAUGUAAGGGUUUGCCACUUGCUGCAAAGACUUUAGCAAGUCUCAUGCGCUAUAAAAAGAUGGUGAAAGAGUGGCAAGAUGUUUUGGACAGUAAGAUUUGGGACCUAGAAGAGUUUGAGCAACAAGUUUUUCAACCACUAUUUCUCAGUUAUCAUGAUUUGGCCCCUGCUUUGAGACGUUGUCUGCUAUAUUGUGCUACUUUUCCAAAAGAUUAUGUAUUUGAUAAGAAUAUCUUGAUCGAGCUGUGGAUGUCACAAGACUAUCUUCAUUCAAAAGGGAAUCAUGAGAAAGAAGUUGUAGGUCAGAUCUUUUUUGAUAACUUGGUAAUGCGCUCUUUCUUCCAAGAUCUUGUGGAUGUUGAAGUUGACAAGCUUACUUUGUGUUGCAAAAUGCAUGAUAUUGUUCACGACUUUGUGCAGUGGCUCACCAAGAAAGAAUGUUUCAUUAUGGAGUUAUCUGGUGUAAACAACAUAACAGAGCUACUAGUGAGUAAUAAGUUGCGCCAUUUCACCUUAAUACUCGACGUUGAUUUCACAGCUGAGAUGUCUAAGAACAUUAAAUUUGAGUCACAAUGGCCUCCAUAA